GGUCUCCAGCAGUAGGCUAUUCUUAGUUAAUUUUCGUUUUAAUAAUUUAAUCUAAAUGGAUCGAUACAUAUUUAUCAUCAUGUUUUUGGCGUGUGUUCUGCGGGUCGUGCAGUGCUACAGCUCCGGAAAGGUGACUGGGGCUUGUGACAAUAUGACACCGCAACACAAAAUAGGCGCGCAGCAAAGCCCCGCUACAUUCUAUGUCACCACUGACCGGUUCAGCUUCAAGGAGGGCGAUGAAAUCAUAGGUGAGACAUCAUGUAGUUUUCUCUAUUACUGCAGGGUUCAUGCAGAUAUAUUGAACACUCACCACUAGGACUAUAGGUUUUAUUAAUCCAUCUAUGGUUUGGCUGUUUAAUACCGAUUCAUUUUAUGUAAAAUACAUAUAUAAUUAUUUCACUAUUUACAUUUACAUUUCAUGAUCCUGCAUUGCAGUGAUUCAUGAAUUACUUAAAACUGUCAAACUGACCCAUCAAAAGUUGGUAGGCGGAACCUAACGCCUGAUUGGUUACCCUCUGCAUCAAGCCAAGACAAAUCAAUUCCGGAUAAUGGAUUGAUGCAGAGCUACUGAACACAUUCCAAUACACUGGGUGGCGCUAUUCACCUUCAAUAAGUUCCUCUGCUUUACUAGCUACAUGCUCUGGGUCAGCAGGUCCUGCUUCUACAUCCUCUGCUAAGUUUUAAAUGUCUCUAACCAACUCCCUGGAAAGUUCACGGAGAUCCUCCAUUGUCUCUAUCCAGGUUGGCCUACUCUACUUCAGACCAAAGCAAUGGAUCAGACUAGAUUCGCGUUAGCCCCGCCCACUGACUUUGAUGGGUCAGUUUGACAGUUUUAGUGGGUAGAUAUUUCUGAAAAGUAGAUAUGGAAUGAAUAAACGGUCUCCAUUUUCUAUGGUGGUGUUUAAAUCAACUAAACACUGUGUUGUUUACAGUCAAGCUCCUGGCAGGUUCCACUCCAUUCAUGGGGUUUAUGUUACAAGCCAGAGAGGUUGGAGGACGCAGUCCUCUGGGAUCCUUCACUGUAACAAGUGGAGAGGCCCAGCUACUCACCUGCAACGGACUACCUGUGAGUCUAUUCCCAUAGAGACUGUAUAAUUCAAUUUAAAUCUGUUUAUUCCCACCUAUCUAUUACCACCCGAUCUGGAGCCUGCUUUUCUGUUAUGUAAUGAGAGCUACAGUAUUAUAUAUAACCAGGGGCGCAACUUUGGUUUUAGAAGGGGAGGGGGGACAUAACUUUUUUGUUAUUUAUUUGUAUUUUUUAUUUGUAUUUUUAUCCCUUCGGAUAAACACUCCGAACAGCCUACCCGACUGCUCGGAGGCGUCUGCAUGGUCCUAAAGCACACCGUAGCCUCGUUUUGUAUCACAUUCCAUGUCCUUUAAAAGGUUCACAGAUAAUCAUUUAAUUAAUUAUCAUAAAUGUACAUUUGCAAUCAGCUUCUCAAAGAUCAACACACAAAUUACUAUAUCACUUUUACAUAACACCACUACUCAAAGUGUGUGUUCCAAAACGUGACUUCACAUGCACGCACAAUUUGGGACAGGCACUGCAAGCCAUCCCGAUUGCCGUAGUUCGGCCACAAAUGGUGGAGAAAUGAGGAUAGUUCACUUAAGACGUUUACCAUUGUAAAAAAUAUUUGAUGUUCCUGUCUGUGUAAGUGGGCGUUCCCUCUCUCCUGUGAGCAUGCUAUCCCAUGAGAGCUCAGGGUUCCUCCAUAAUAUCUAGCAUGCUCAUAUAAGAGAGGGAACAGUUGGCUCUCGUCUACUUAUUGACCUGAAAAGAAUAGCAGUGAGAUGUCUUGCUCUGGGGCAUCCCCUUCGUAGGGCCGGGGCAAUAAAGUCUUGUUCACAUUGGCAGUUUAAAGUGAUUCCCCCCCCCCCAAAAAAAUGCAUAUCCAAUUCAAAUCUUUUAUUUUUCCUGCAGUCUGAACAUCCAAAAAGCACAUGAAAUAGGAUGUUUCAAGCCACAUUUGAAACCACCUUCGUAGGUCAGAUACAAAUCUGAUUCUUGGCCAUGCGACUGAUUUAUUUGCCCUGAAGUGGUUUUUAGACUUAUUUGGCAUAUCUUGUUGUUUGCUAGCUGCUCUGUUGACAGUUUGACAAGAACGUGGUAGCUAACUAGCUUGUUAAUCGUUUACAAACAAAUUAGGGAAUGUGCUAGAAAGCUAAACAGCUACCUAGCUAGCUAGUUGACAGCUGUGGCUAGCCAAAUAAUUAUUGCUUUGAAAGUUGGAUUAUUUUAUCCUUUGAGGCCUUAAAAGUGUUCUUACACUAUGAUUUUGUACAUUCAAGUCAACUGGGAAAUGCCCAUUGCAGGCAUUGUCACCUUAGCUUGCUAAAUAACUUCUGAGUGACGAGCACCACCGCCAAUCAUCCUACACCACUGCGCACACACCCGUUUUUACUAUGACAACUAGCAUAGCCAUGUCAGCAAAUGACUUCUGUCUGAAUACACACAAUCUGAUUUGGUCACUUUUAACUUGCUGUUUGGACAGUCAGUAUUCCAAAACGGAUAAACACAUUUUUUUUUAAAAGAUUUGAGCGUUAAGGCCUGCAGUGUGAACAAGGCUUUAAUAGACCAGAGUGGCCCUGCCCCGAUCAGAAAAAAUGAGGGAGUGGGAUGUCUCGCUUUUUCUACCAUCUCUGGUUCGGGUCCCUUUCCUAGUAUACCUGGAAGCUACAGAGAACGGAGAAAAAACUGAAACAACAGACAGAUUGCUCAUCCAAAACAUAGAUAAGUACAAUAAAUAGCACUCGAAUGAAACCUGAACACUUGUCUGAGCAUUAUUUAAAACAUACAAACAGUGACUGAAUGGAGGGUAAGAAUAAUGUGUGAAAUGUAUGAACUGAGAUCGCUAGGUUAACUUGUGUGUCGACCCACAUUGCUGCUAAUGUAGCUGAAAACGGAGCAGGGAGGUGGAGAUUAGUUUGUGUGUGUGUGGGGACGUUUCUAGCAUUUUGCAGGCAAAACCCAUGGGGCGGCGCACAAUUGGCCCAGCAUCGUCCAGGGUAGGGGAGGGAAUGGCCGGCAGGGAUGUAGCUCAAUUGGUAGAGCAUGGCGUUUGCAACGCCAGGGUUGUGGGUUCGAUUCCCACGGGGGGGCCAGUAUGUUUUUUAAAUGUAUGCACUCACUAACUGUAAGUCGCUCUGGAUAAGAGCGUCUGCUAAAUGACAAAAAUGUAAAUGUAAAAACAUUUUAGUGGCCCUCCAGCAAACCGGGAACAUUCCCAGAACCUUAGCUAAGAUUCUCAUUAAGUUCUAGUUAGGGUUUUAUCUAACAUUAGCAUGAUAACAUUCCAAAAACAGUCAAAGAAUGUUUUUGAUAACAAAAUGUUUUUUUCUUCUUCAGAAUAAAAUAAAAAUCCUUGGAAUGUUCUAACGUUCACUAAAAUGUUGUGCACAACAUCUCUAACAAUCACCACAGAACAUUUCCCAAACGUUCUUAUUAGGUUUCCAGGUAAUGUAAUAAUACAAUGUACCAGUAAUAUUUUUAGAACAUACUGCCGCAACAAAAUGUGAGAGCAAUAGAAAUGGUUCUGAGAGAACUUUACGGGAACGUUCAAGCUAAAGUUGAUGUUAUUAAAAACACCCAUAACAACAAGCAGGGAAUAUUCCCACAAUGCUCUCAUAAAGUUAUAGUGUGACAUUAUGACAUGGUGGUUCUAAUAACGUUCCCUGAACAUACUUCAGCAAUAAAAUGUUGGAGCAAUAAAGUUGUUCAAAAAAAAAAAAACAUUCCUGGAAUAUUCAGUUAAUGUUGAUGGAAAUAUUACAACGAACACCUAUAACAACAAACAUAAAUAAAAAAAUGAUGUAUGCACUCUGGAUAAGAGCGUCUGCUAAAUGACGUAAAUGUAAACACGCACUAUAUCAAAUCAGAUAAAAGUUUAUUUGUCACAUGCACAGGAUACAGCAGGUGUAAACACUACAGUAAAAUGCUUACUUUCAGCUUACUUGCAAGCUCUUCCUUAACAGUGCAGUAUCAAUAUAAAAAAAUAGAAGUGUCAAUAUAAAAGUAAAUAUUUGUAAAAACGUAAGUGUCAAUGCCAGUAGAGAAAGAACACAAGAAUGUACAUGUACUGAUAUAAUGAUGGCAGUGAUAAUGGUGAUAUAUGAGGUAGUUAAAUGCAUACAAUCAGGGGUAAAGUGGCUGAGAAGCAGGAUAUAAUUAUCUAUGGUAGGGUUGUGUGUGUGUUAGAAGAGCGAGUCAUGUGAGUGUGCAUAAUCACUGCAGAUCAGUGUUAAUUUCGUCAACAAAAAUAUUGACUAAAAUAUUCAUCAAACACCUAUUUUUCAGUGGCAAUUGACCAGACUGUCUAUAUACAGUUGAAGUCGGAAGUUUACAUACACUUAGGUUGGAGUCAUUAAAACUUGUUUUUCAACCACUCCACAAAUUUCUUGAUAACAAACCAUAGUUUUGGCAAGUCGUUUAGGACAUCUACUUUGUGCAUGACACAGGUAAUUUUUCCAACAAUUGUUUACAGACAGAUUAUUUAACUUAUAAUUCACUGUAUCACAAUUCCAGUGGGUCAGAAGUUUACAUACACUAAGUUGACUGUGCCUUUAAACAGCUUGGAAAAUUCCAGAAAAUGAUGUCAUGGCUUUAGAAGCUUCUGAUCUGAGUUCUAUUCAGCAGUGGGAAGGAUGCAGCACACACAGCCUACAUCAGCUGGUGAGCUGCGGGGGAGCAAGCUAUGCAGACAGGCUCCGCUCCGGCUGCGCAGGAGACUUUAAUGGCUGUGAUAGGAGAACUGAGGAUGGAUCAACAACAUUGUAGUUAAUCCACAAUACUAACCUAAAUGACAGAGUGAAAAGACGGAAGCAUGUACAGAAUAACAAAUAUUCCGAUACAUGCAUCCUGUUUGCAACAAGGCACUAAAGUAAUACUGCAAAGAAUGUGGCAAAGCAAUUCACUUUUUGUCCUCAAUACAAAUUUGUGGCAAAUCCAAUACAACACAUUACUGAGUACCACGCUCCAUAUUUUCAAGCAUAGUGGUGGCUGCAUCAUGUUAUGGGUAUGCUUGUAAUCGUUAAGGACUGGGGAGUUUUUCACGAUAAAACAUUUACGUAAAGGAGCUAAGCACAGGCAAAAUCCUAGAGGAAAACCUGGUUCAGUCUGAUUUCCAUCAGACACUGGGAGAUGAAUUCACCUUUCAGCAGGACAAUAACCUAAAACAAAAGGCCAAAUCUACAGUUGCUUACCAAGAAGACAGUGAAUGUUCUGGAGUGGUCGAGUUACAGUUUUGACUUAAAUCUGCUUGAAAAAUCUAUGGCAAGACCUGAAAAUGGUUGUCUAGCAAUGAUCAACAACCCAUUUGACAAAGCUUGAAGAAUUUAAAAAAGAAUAAUGGGCAAAUGUUGCACAAUCCAGGUGUGGAAAGCUCUUAGAGACUUAACCAGAAAGACUCACAGCUGUAAUCGCUGCUAAAGGUGAUUCGAACAUGUAUUGACUCAGGGGGUUGCAUACUUAUCUAAUCAAGAUAUAUUAGUGUUUUAUUUUUCAUGAAUCUUUUACAAGUGUUAGACUUUUUCUUCCACUUUGACAUUACAGAGUAUUUUGUGUAGAUCGAUGACAGAAAAUGACAAUUAAAUAAAUGUUUAUCCCACUUUGUAACACAACAAAAUGUGGAAAAAGUCAAGGGGUGUGAAUACUUUCUGAAGGCACUGUAUAGCCUAAGGUUUGUAUCACAACUAAAGUUGCAUAAUUAACUAGAAAGUAAGCAUAUAGGAGAACCUGUUUCAAAUCACUUUGAUCGUUUGGGAAAAAUAUAUGUUAUAUUUAUUCAGCUAUGUUCAAUUGUAUUCUUCUUACUAUAAAGUAAUGUAAAAUAAUGCCACAGGAAUUAUUAAAUUAACUAGUGUAGCCCACAGCCAUAUGACAUUUCCAGAUCAGGGCCUAACAUAAGGACGACUCAGAAUAUGCCAUUUGGUUCUUCUGAAAUAGACUACAUUUUCUUCAUAUCAUAAUGUUUCUUUAGACCUGCCUAAAAUAAAUCAUGGAUUUAUUGUGAUUGUGUAGGCUAUAUUAAAUGGAUUUAUUUGACUUUUUAAUAUGUAGAUUUUCCAAAGGUCCUCCUCAGAGACAGGGAACUACCAGUGUCAAGCAUUCCAGUGAGACUUUGACCAUUCACUUUCACAAGUAGCAAGACUGACUCUCCCCCACUCUGCCUAUCCUGAACACCAUCUCCCUCUCUGGGCACAUAACAGUAACCUGAGAGCUUGGAUUUAUGUAGUGGACACAUUGAAGCUUUGUGCCCUUGCUGCUGACAAUAAAAACAGGUCCCUCCCAUCUGAAUGAACUGCACGAUCCCUUACCUCCCUCCUCCCAGACACAAACCCCCCAGAGUUACCUCCACCAUCUUUGGUGUUCCUGGUGUCCCUUGUGUCUCUGAAGCUUCUUGGAGUGGAUGCUGCAGGUCGUGGUGGGCCCCCUUUUUGUAUGUUGAGGUACUGCAGUGCCAGCUUGUACGACGGCAUCUUCGGCUCCUUCCUCAGGAAUGCUGGAGGGUUGACGUUGGUGCUGCUGGACUGGUCUCCUGGUGCUGGGGUUGAGGUUAGCAUCAUCGCUGCUUGAAAACCCUGCUGUGGGGUUGAAGUCCCUGCUGCGUCAUCCCUCAGUCGACUUGGUGUUGACAGACCCAUUCUUGGGCUCUGGCUGGCAAGCUCAGCUUGGGAUAGGUGAGGGCUGUGAGGAUAGAUUGUCAUAGACCCCGGAACUCCUGCUUGAUGUCUUCGUCCCUCCACUCCAGGCUACCAUAGUUGGAUGUGGUUCUGGGCCCUCCACCAGUUCUCCAGCCGCUCCUUCAGUCGGCUGCUCACUCGGACCUUCUCUGGUUGUAUCUGAUGAUUCCAUUGGCAGCUCACGCAGGUCUGAAAUCCUUUAACUUACACAACUUUUUGCGGCGCCGGUAGGUUCUGUCGCUUAUAUUUUCAAUCUGUUGACGCAUUGCACGUGAUGCACAAUAUGUAAACAAUAGCCAAAUGUAACUGAAUGUAGUCGACCGAGGGAACGUUUCCUCGCAAUCAGCUGGAAGUUCGGCUCGGCCAUAUUGUGCAAGUGUAUGUUGUGUGUGAAUUGCAUCAGUAUUGAAAAUAAAAACUGUAAAUAAAAACGAAAUACAGACCAGCAUACUGAAGGUCGGGUUGAUAACACUACUCUGUGGAUAUUUGAUAUCACAUUCCUACCUGCAAAAGGACCAACCACACGGACAACCGGUAAAGUAUCAUUUUAUUCAGCAUUCUGGCUGGUGGAGGUCGUGAGAGGAAACUUUCCUGAUCCAAAUGCUAAUUUCUGCCCGAAGUAGAAUUCCAUGCAAUUCAACGUUGGGUCUUCAGGCUAAAUGCACAUGUGCCCAGGAGACAGCAACUUACCAAGUUCAGGGCCAGCUCCGUCAUGACCUCUUGGUCAGCCAGUCCAAACAGAUCUUUAUGUCCAGGACGAUAACAAACCAGAAGCCUCAUAACAUGCGCAGUUGGAGCUACUCCAGGAAGUGACGUUACCGGGGUCGGCCUUGAACUUCGUGGCUUCAAUGAGAGGGGACAGUCGUUCUCCCCUGCCGUGUGCUCACAGACGCCAUAAUGGGACAGAUACAACGUUGCGAUCUUUAUUUAUCUCUAUGGUUCAUAUAUAUAUACAGUACCAGUCAAAAGUUUGGACACACCUACUCAUUCCAGGGCUUUUCUUUAUCUUCAUAUGAAAUAACACAUAUGGAGUCAUGUAGUAACCAAAAAAGUGUUUAACAAAUGUAUUUUAUAUUUGAGAUUCUUCAAAGUACCACCCUUUGCCUUGAUGACAGCUUUGCACACUCUUGGCAUUCUCUCAACCAGCUUCAUGAGGUAGUCACCUGGAAUGCAUUUCAAUUAACAGGUGUGCCUUGUUAAAAGUUAAUUUGUGGAAUUUCUUUCCUUAAUGCAUUUCAGCGAAUCAGUUGUGUUGUGACAAGAUAGGGUUGGUAUACAGAAGAUAGCCCUAUUUGGUAAAAGACCAAGUCCAUAUUAUGGCAAGAGCAGCUCAAAUAAGCAAAGAGAAAUGACAGUCCAUCAUUACUUUAAGACAUGAAGGUCAGUCAAUCCGGAAAAUGUCAAGAACUUUAAAAGUUUCUUCAAGUGCAGUCGCAAAAACCAGGUAAAACUCAGAAACCUGGUUGUAGCAGGGACCUUAAGGGUUCCCCUAUUUCCUGGGGCAAGUAAACUGAGACUUCGGGCAAGCAGUCCGUUUUUUUUUACUGAAAACAACAAAACUCUAAAGAAUUCCAGUAGGCCUAGCCUAAAACUGAUCUUUAUGGAUCAUCCCCAUUGUUUAACUUAGACUGACAUUUUAUGGCAUGUAUGGCAGCCAGCCAAGUUGCGCCUGCUCUGUGGUUGCCCCUUGGAAAGUGAGAGAGCACUCUGCUUUCUUUGUAGAUGUGUGUCUUUUGAGAUAUUGAUAUUCAUAUUUUUAAUGUUGAAUAAAUUCAUGUACAUUUUUGUAUUUCAGAAUCUAGACAAACUCCAUAUUUUAAAGAACACUAUAAGGAGUAUAAUGACACGUUGUCUGUAUCAUGUAUGGUUCACGGAUCAUGGGGUCUUACAGGAGGAGUGCAUUCGGAAAGUAUUCAGACCCCUUGACAUUUUCCACAUUUUCUUACAUUACAGCCUUAUUCUACAAUGGAUGAAAUAGUUUUUUUCCUCCUCAAUCUAAACACAAUACCCCAUAAUGACGAAGCAAAAACAGGUUUUUAGAGAUGUUUGCAAAUGUAUAAAAAAAUAAAAAACGGAAAUAAUGAUGCUGCCACCGUAGGGAAUGUAACAGGUUUCCUCCAGACUUGAAAUUUGGCAUUCAGCCCAAAUAGUUCAAUCUUGGUUUCAUCAGACCAGAGAAUCUUGUUUCUAAUGGUCUGAGAGUCCUUUAGGUGCCUUUUGGCGAACUCCAAGCGGGCUGUCAUGUGCCUUUUACUGAGGAGUGGCUUCAUUCAGGCCACUCUACCAUAAAGGCCUGAUUGGUGGAGUGCUGCAGAGAUGGUUGUCCUUCUGGAAGGUUCUCCCAUCUCUACAGAAGAGCUCUGUCAGACUGACCAUCGGGUUCUUGGUCACCUCCUUGACCAAGGCCCUUCUCUCCCGAUUGCUCAGUUUGGCCAGGCGGUCAGCUCUAGGAAGAGUCUUGGUGGUUCCAAACUUCUUCCAUUUAAGAAUGAUGGAGGCCACUGUGUUCUUGGGGACCUUCAAUGAUGCAGAAAUGUUUUGGUACCCUUCCCCAGAUCUGUGCCUCAACACAAUCCUGUCUCGGAGCUCUACGGACAAUUCUUUCGACCUCAUUGCUUGGUUUUUGCUCUGACAUGCACUGUCAACUGUGGGACGUUAUAUAGACAGGUGUGUGUCUUUCCAAAUCAUGUCCAAUCAAUUGAAUUUACCACAGAUUGACUCCAAUCAGGUUGUAGAAACAUCUCAAGCAUGAUCAAUAGAAACAGUUUUGAGUCUCAUAGCAAAAGUUCUGAAUAGUUAUGUAAAUAAGGUAUUUUCUAUUUUCGCUUUGUCAUUAUGGGGUAUUGUGUGUAGAUUGAUGAGGAAAACAUUUAAUUUAAUCAAUUCUAGAAUAAGGUUGUAACGUAACAAAAUGUGGAAAAGGUCAAGGGGUCUGAAUACUUUCCUAAUGCACUGAAGGUCUAAAAAGUGCCUAAAAUGGCCACUUUCAUCAUGAUGGCCCCCCCUCCCAAUGAAGUUUAUAUGUGAGAAUUGCCAGAACACUCUAAGAAACCCAAAAUAUUUUUGGGGCUUCCUGGUGUUGAAUCAUCCUGUUGCAUCUGAAUAUAACUACAUCUUCAUGGAUCCUUUUUUUUUUCAUUUUCUCAGAAUUCUGCAGUUUCUCACACAUCAGAUUCAUCUAAAUCCUCCAUCCAGGCAAUAUGGAGGGCCCCCACAUCAGGCAACCUCGGCUCCAUACAAUUCAGGUGAUUCACCCAUCCAGGAUCUCUUAGCUCCUGAACCAGUAUGUUCACUUCUUAUAACCUAGGGCCCGGUUUCCUGUACACAGAUUAAGCCAAGUUCUUGACUAAAAUACACUCUCAAUGGAAAAUCCAUCCCUUAAUGUUAUUACGUUGUUUUAGUAUUUGUUCUGCCAUGCCAUUUUUACAGUGCAUCCUUUGUAAAAGAUUACUCCACCUUCUGGGUUGGAGUGAGAAGUUCUCCAGUUACAUACAACAUCACUGCUGUACCCCCAGCUAACAGCACAUCCACACCCAUCACCUCUACCACCUCGUUCGCCUCAUCCUCAAAUGUGAGUAUGAUUACAUGCACACAAUAAUAUGAUUAUUGUGAAUAUUCAGAUUAAUAUAAUAGUUUGAUUAAAACAUUUGUAUGCUUUGCAAGAAAAACAUUUUCCCUAAUAAUUAUGUUUUCAUGGAGAUGAAAUCAGGCUACUGUUGGGACUUUGAUAAAUGCAGAAAAUUGCCAAUCAAAAGAAACGUUCUACCACAGAGACCAUGUUAUUUUUGGGAAGCCUAUUUGAUUCUCAGUUCUGACAUUUUUAACUCCCUUCACUCGUGCAAAAGAGGGAGGCUCGCACUGCUGGUUUUAGCACAUGCGCAGAUUAAAUUUACACUCUUAGAAAAGAAGGUGCUAUCUAGAACCUAAAAGGGUUAUUCGGCUGUGCCCAUAGGCGAACCCUUUGAAGAACCCCUUUUGGUUCCAGGUAGAACUAUUUUGGGUUCCAUGUAGAACCCUUUCCAUAUAACCCAAAAUAGUUCUACCUGGAACUAAAAAGGGUUCUACCUGGAACCUAAAAGGGGACAGCCGCAGAACCCUUUUGGAACUAUUAUGUCCUAAUAAUUUGAAAGAUUUCUCAGAAAACAAGGUGUUUUAAUCAGCGUAUGCUUACUUAGAUUAUGAACUUUUACGCCGAUUUAAGAUAAGCAGAGUAAGGUGUUUACAUGACUAAUGCCAUUCUCGGCCUACUGCCAUAAUCAGUUUAAUAUCGAAUUAUUAGUCUCCAUGUAAACGUACUCAGUAUUUCCAAUGAAAUCCUCAGUACUUAUGGUAAUAGAUAAUAGUACAAAUAUGUUUUAUUUAAAACAUCAACUUGGCUUAACGAUGUCAAAUAAGGGGUGCUUAUAUUUGUCUUGUUUCAUUGCAUGUAGAAGUGGGUAACCUGUACAAGUGUGACGGCGACCCUGGAGCAAUUAGGGUUAAGUGCCUUGCUCAAAGAUUUUUCACAUUGUCGGGUCGGGGGUUCGAACUAGCAACCUUUCGGUUACUGGCCCAAUGCUCUAACGCUAAGUCUACCUGCCGUUCACUCUCUGACAAUAUUGUCAUAUUACAUUUUCAAUCAAACAAUGACAUUUAUUUUUACACACUAUUACAUCAGUUGUCCCAAAGUGCUUUACAAUAACAUUGAAUAUGUUUGUAAUAGUUGUCCAACUCCAGCACUGGAUGUGGCAGCAGUAAGGUCUGUUUUCAGCCAACCUUUGAACUGUGACCCUGGGGUCAGCCCAGACUGUUACUUCCUGUCUGCUAUGACCUCUCCCGGUGAUACAGCCGUCCAGUUGGAGAUGACCGGCCCUUCAGAUGGCUACAUCGCCAUCGGCUUCUCAGAUGACCAGAGGAUGGUAAUGCAGCCUUCAACCUUUUCAGAAGUAGUGCAUAAACAUCCUACUAUUGAAUAUACUUAUUCAAAUUUUGAGGCACUCAUCCAGAUACUUUCACUUCAAUGAAAACGGUGAACAAGUUUAUUUUUUGAAUGAUGAAGAAGGAUUGUAUGAUGGCAGGUGGAAGGCAGUAAGGAGCAUUCAACAGUGUGCAAUUUUUCUUUUGUAACUUUUAUUUUUUUGUACCCUGCACCUGCAAGUAGCCUGUGGCAGGGUUGAUUGUGUUCUUCUCAUAAUCUGUUUUCCUCUGCUUCACAUAAGGGAAAUGAUGACAUCUAUAUUUGUGGACGGGACAGUGGCGGGUUCAUCCAAUUGCAACACGCCUUUUCAACAGGAAGGAGGAGACCGGAGAUACUUCCUCUGGUACUUGCUUGCUAUUAUGACAUAUGAAUGACGUGUUUUCAGGUUUGGGGUCAAUCCCAAUCCCAAUAAAAAGAAAAGAGGAUGAUAGCAAUUGGAAUUAGGACUGGAAUUACAGUUUACGUUCUGAUUUGCCUGAUUUGAAAUGGAAUGUACCCCCAACCCUGAUGCUAUAAUGAAUCACAAAACAAUUGGUAAUGACACAAAUGUCUCUUGUUUGUCCUUUUCUAGGGAAAUGUUUCUGAUGUUAAAUCCUCAGUGAAUAAUAAUAUCAUUAGCUGUUCCUUCACGACUAGGAACCCCAUCUCAACUCAACGAUCUGUAGGGUCCAGUUCCCUCUACUAUCUCAUGAUCGUUCACGGGCCCACCAGUAAUGGUACAGUAUGAGCCAAAUGCUUACAGUAUAGUAGCACCAGUAAUGAUACAGAGGAAGUGGUUGUAUCCGUCUGUCAUUUUAUUUACAUAGUGCUAUGACAUCUGAGAUCAGUUCUACCCUUUAGAUAAUAAUGAGUGACAUUACAUGGACAUGGAAGAAGGGAUCUUAAAUCAGCACUCCUACUCUGAGAUAUUGUAUGAAUACGGGCCCUGUUAUCUAAUAAGAAUGAUAAACUGGGUGGUUCGAGCCCUGAAUGCUGAUUGGCUGACAGCCGUAGUUAUAUCAGACCGUUAUACCAUGGGUAUGACAAAACAUUUAUUUCUACUGCUCUAAUCACGUUGGUAACCAGUUUAUAAUAGCAAUAAGGCACCUCUGAGGUUUGUGGUAUAUGGCCAAUAUACCACGGCUAAGGGCUGUAUCCAGGCACUCCGCGUUGCGUCGUGCAUAAGAACAGCCCUUUGUGGUAUAUUGGCCAUAUACCACACCCCCUUGUGCCUUAUUGCUUAAUUAAAAUAUUUUGGGCCUAGUACCAAUGAAGAAAGCAGUCUGCUUCAGUCUAGCAGUCGUAUGUUUCAUAAUAUUAUUCUAUUAUAUAUAAUAUUAUUCUUAUUCUAUUUCACUCUUCGGUUACUUUGACAGGGAUAAUCGGGUUUCAUACUGGCAACUUCAUCAGUGCCACUAAAGUGGAUAUUUCAAGUCCUCAAGUUGCUACAAGUCAAAAAGAGCCACCCAUUAUUAAAGCGCAUGGUAAGGUUGCCGAUUCCCUAGUCAGAAGUUUGUAUGCAUAACCUCAAACAUAUUGUUAUACGGUAAUACACUGAUUCUAACUAUAUACAAGCUUAUUGAUUUUUAAAUUGAUUUUGGAUUAUUGAUGAUUUAUUAUCCUGUUGUGCUUCAGGUUCCUUGAUGUUGAUAGCGUGGAUGACCACAGGUAGUUUGGGAAUGAUCAUAGCCAGGUAUCUGAAAGGUGUGGCCAAGGGGAAACAUCAUUUUGGGAAAGAUGUUUGGUUUCUGGUGAGUUUCUAUAAUACUGUCCCUAAUGUGUUAGUGUAACAAAGUUAGAUUUGACCGUAAACCACCCUCCCCAGCUUGAAAUGUAUUCACUGCUAUCGAAUUGGUGCCUUUUCUACAUAGAGAGUGACUGGGAGAGUGUGUCAAGCAGGCGGUCACUUGUGUUUGCGAGGAGCUAUACUGUUAAGCAAGCAAGUUUCAAAUUUUAUUAGUCGUAUGUACAGGAUACACAUGGUAUACACCAUCCAACAAAAUGCUUACUUGCAGGUUCCUUCUCGACAAUGCAACAACAAUAUGAAACAUUUAAAGAUACAGUUGAAGUCGGAAGUUUACAUACACUUAGGUUGGAGUCAUUAAAACUCGUUUUUCAACCACUCCACAAAUGUCUUGUUAACAAACUAUAGUUUUGGCAAGUCGGUUAGGGCAUCUACUUUGUGCAUGACACAAGUAAUUUUUCCAACAAUUGUUAACAGACAGAUUAUUUCACUUAGAAUUCACUGUAUCACAAUUCCAAUGGGUCAGAAGUUUACAUACACUAAGUUGACUGUGCCUUUAAACAGCUUGGAAAAUUCCAGAAAAUGAUGUCAUGGCUUUAGAAGCUUCUGAUAGGCUAAUUGACAUCAUUUGAGUCAAUUGGAGGUGUACCUGUGGAUGUAUUUCAAGGCCUACCUUCAAACUCAGUGCCUCUUUGCUUGACAUCAUGUGAAAAGCAAAAUAAUUCAGCAAGACCAAAAGUCUGGUUCAUCCUUGGGAGCAUUUUCCAAACGCCUGAAGGUACCACGUUCAUCUGUACAAACAAUGGUACGCAAGUAUAAACACCAUGGGACCACACAGCCGUCAUACCGCUCAGGAAGGAGACGUGUUCUGUCUCCUAGAGAUGAACGUACUUUGGUGCGAAAAGUGCAAAUCAAUCCCAGAACAACAGCAAAGGACCUUGUGAAGAUGCUGGAGGAAACAGGUACAAAUGUAUCUAUAUCCACAGUAAAACAAGUCCUAUAUCGACAUAAGGAAGAAGCCACUGCUCCAAAACCACCAUAAAAAAAACAGAUUAUGGUUUGCAAUUGCACAUGGGGACAAAGAUCGUACUUUUUGGAGAAAUGUCCUCUGGUCUGAUUAAACAAAAAUAGAACUGUUUGGCCUUAAUGACCAUUGUUUGGAGAAAAAAGGGGGUUGCUUGCAAGCCGAAGAACACCAUCCCAACCGUGAAGCAUGGGGGUGGCAGCAUCAUGCUGUGGGGGUGCUUUGCUGCAGGAGGGACUGGUGCACUUCACAAAAUAGAUGGAAUUAUAAGGAAGGAAAAUGAUGUGGAUAUAUUGAAGCAACAUCUCAAGACAUCAGUCAGGAAGUUAAAGCUUGGUCACAAAUGGGUCUUCAAAUGGACUAUUACCCCAAGCAUACUUCCAAAGUUGUGGCAAAAUGCCUUAAGGACAAUAAAGUCAAGGUACUGGAGUGGGCAUCACAAAGCCCUGACCUCAAUCCUAUAGAAUAUUUGUGGGCAGAACUGAAAAAGCUUGUGCGAGCAAGGAGGCCUACAAACCUGACUAAAUUACACCAGCUCUGUCAGGAGGAAUGGGCCAAAAUUCACCCAACUUAUUGUGGGAAGCUUGUGGAAGGCUACCCGAAACGUUUGACCCAAGUUAAACAAUUUAAAGGCAAUGCUACCAAAUACUAAUUGAGUGUAUGUAAACGUCUGACCCACUGGGAAUGUGAUGAAAGAAAUAAAAGCUGAAAUAAAUAAUUCUCUCUACUAUUAUUCUGACAUUUCACAUUCUUAUAAUAAAGUGGUAUUCCUAACUGACCUAAGAUAGGGAAUUUUUACUAGGAUUAAAUGUCAGGAAUUGUGAAAAACUCAGUUUAAAUGUAUUUGGCUAAGGUGUGUGUAAACUUCCGACUUCAACUGUAAGAAUAGGAACAUAAACAUUAGCACGACUAGAUGACUUUAUUAGGUGGAAUGUUCUUAGAACUAAACAAUAAUGCCACAUAAUCUGUACGCUUGGCUUGCAUGUUCCUCAGGCGCACGUGUCUCUUAUGACACUCACUGUUGCUGCCACCAUCAUUGCCUUCAUUUUGGCCUUCUCAGAAGUUGGAGGCUGGAGUGGGGUAUGUAUCAUAAACCUUUACUGCGCGCCGAUUGUUAUUUAAAACAAACAAACCUAUCUGACAAAUGCUGUGCCGUUUACAGUUUUAUAAAACCUACUCUAUUAUGGAAGGCUCAGAUAAUUGAAAUACGGUAGUUACGAGAUACAGUUUAUGAGCCCAGUGUGUUUAUAGGGCGCCCAUCCUGUGUUGGGCUGCAUCGUUAUGAUCCUGGCCUUCUUCCAGCCAAUCGCUGCCAUGUUCCGAUGUGGACCUCACCAUCACUGGUAAGGGAUCCAGAAUCAUACCUACUGUAUGUGAGUUUGCUCAUGUGUAUGUAAAUCCAAAAGUGGCUUGUUUUCUCAAGAAGUUAAUGUAUUCUUUUUGUGUUAUUGUUUUUUCACAGGCGAUUCCUCUUCAAUUGGUCGCAUGCUUUGAAUGCAGUGGCAAUAAAAGGUUUAGCUGGUAAGGAACUGUGAUCAUGACAUAUGACAUUGUUUUUGUUGGAUUUUAUUGGCAUAGUACAAAGUACCGUAUCUUCUCAGCCAAUAUCUGUCAAACAUGUUUGUUCUUGCUCUACGACCAUGUUAGUGAUUGUGUUGACAUUUUCUUCCAGUGGCAGCCAUAUUCACUGGGCUGUCGUAUUUUAACACCUCUGAGGAUAAUUGGCUUCUGAAGGUGAUGGGAGGGUUUGUUGGAUGGGAGGCAACGCUGUACAUCCUGCUAGAAUUCCACAUGCGAUGGAAGCGCAAUGGUGAGAUCAACUACAUAAUGAUAUCGAUCUUCAUUUAGUUAAAUUCAGGUUGAUGAUAUAUAGGCCCCUAUAACAUUGAAUAACCUCUUAUUGUGGAUCUGUUAAGGAAAUAUUUAUCUGCCAUGUAUAACUUUUGUCGGCCUCUUGGCAUACGUCAAAAGCUCUGACGAAGGACAAGAGGCCGACACGUAAGCUUGAAUAAACAAAGUGAAACAAGCAAGAAAAGUGCGCAGGUUUAUAUUUUCUUUGAAAAUACUUCAAAAUAACUUUGGUUGUUCUUCUAGAUCAAGCAGAGAGUGCUUCUGAAUCAGUAAGCUCAAUCCCACCAUUUAAUCCCACACAUUUAAAUGUACUUAUUGUGUCAGUGAAUUAGUAAGUGGCUCAUUCUUAACAACUAUUUUGUCUGACACGGCUGUAUUUGACUUUUCAUUUCUCCCCCAGACAAGAAUGGAGUUGUUACUGCUGGUCUUGUUUUUCCUUGGAAAUAUAUCCUUUUUGGUGGCACUACUUGUUGGAAUAGGCUCGUCAUGAAGAUCUGCUGAGCAAUGGACUGAGAUCUGAAUGUUGAUACAGUAUAUCUAUAAUAUAGCUCACUGUAUGGUAUAUUUUAAAUCAUUUUAUAUUUUUUUGGGACAAAUGUUUUAAAGUACCUGUCCAUUGAUUGAGGAUCGAAUGCAAUCAGCUCAUCAACUUAUACAGUAUCCCUCCAUAUAACUAUGACAGACUUUCCACGAGGACGGGGAUAUUGGACAUUUAAUCAGGGUUUAUUGACUGACAGUACUUUCUUAACAAAAAGUAAGGAAUUCUUAACAGACUUCUUCUUGCACAAUACAGGUUCAGUAAACCCACUUAUCGCACAGGAUGCCUUUUUAAUGUAACUUUAGAGGCCAUUGAAUUCAAUUUUCAUCCCCAAACCGGUAUCGGACAACAGAGAAAAUACUUACAACAGAAAUAGGAAAUCUAACAUUACACAUCAAUGGUGUUGAUAAAUGUUCUACAGAAGCACUGAAUAAUCUAGACACAAAAACAAAAGGAGUUUGAGGAACUUAUUCAGGAAAGACCGGGUUUCAUAAUAAUAAUGCUUUCAAACCCAGAGCAAAUUCAAUAUAGAAACCCAACCAAAAAGAACCAACAGAAAAAUUGUUACAAACGAUGGAGAAAUCCUUAUCUCACCAAAGGAGAUUUUGAAUGUUCCUCCAACCUCACUUGAUGAUGAGUUUUGUGAUAUCCUUCUCCCAAAAAAUAAUGUUAAACUAUCUGCGACACAAAAAAUAUAUUGUGAAGGCCUAAUUACACAGGACGAACUUUGGUUGGCAAUUGAUUAUUUUCAGAUGGGGAAAAACCCUGGCCUCGGUGGCAUUCCAAUAGAGAUAUACUUUUUAUAAACUACUGAAAGAUCUGUCAUGUUUUAAUUACUCUGAUAUAAAUGCAAAACUAUCAGACAAACAAAAAGAGGGACUGAUCUCUCUCCUACUGAAGCAGGAGCCAGGGGGGCAGCACAAAGACCCAGUCUCUUAAAAAGAUUGGAGGCUCCCCACCCUUCAAAAAUAUUGGCAAAAUAUAUAGAAUUAAAAUGGUUUUGCUGGUAAAUGAAGAGUCAACAACAUUAUUUGGUAUGAGCAAACAGAAUAUGAGCUUUUAAAAAUGAGAUUAAACAUUUUUAUUUAAAAAACGAGAUUUUCAUUGGACAGUUAUUUUAAAGAAUUUUGCCAAAAAUAUACCUGUUAUUGUUUUCACUGGAUGGCAAAGUUGUGUUUUUAUACUCUGUCACACCAUUAUAAUUAUAUUACAUGACAUUUACAUAAUGUUAAUAGUGGAACUGAUUUAUAAUAAAAUAAUUGCUCAAAAUGUGUACAAAAUUGUAAAAAUGAUGCAUUUCUUAUUUACAUUUAUAUUAUAAUCAUACAAGUAUAUUGGCACCCUUGCACUUUUC